CUCAACAACCCCAACCCCAUCAAAUUUUCCACCGUCCCCAAAGUCUCCGCCACCAUCGCCGUCGGCGACAAGCUCCCCGACGCCACCCUCGCCUAUUUGGAUUCAUCCAACGAAGUCCAGACUGUUUUCAUAGGUAUAGAGGAUCAAUCUUAGAUCCAUAACCAGAAUUUUUGAAGGAGUACUUGUUCUGGAAAAUCGAGAUGCAACUCAAGCUGGUUCCCAGAAACUCUGCCGGAACUGUAACCGCCUAUUAUCUGUCCUCUCAAGGACCGACCCACGACGAAAUCGACUUCAAAUUCCUUGAAAAUCUCAGUGGCAAUCCUUAUACUCUGCAUACAAAUGUGUUCAGCCAGGGGAAAGGCGGCAGGGAGCAGCAAUUACAUCUCUGGUUCGACCCGACUGCAGAUUUCCAUACUUACUCCAUCCUCUGGAACCCACAAAGAAUCGUAGUUUCUGUGGACGGGACUCCAAUCAGAGAAUUCAAGAAUCCAGAGACAAUUGGGGUGGCUUAGUCCAAGAAUCAACCCAUGAGGAUUUACUCCAGUUUGUGGGAUGCAGAUGAAUGGGCAACCCGAGGUGGGCUCGUGAAAACGGAUUAGAGCAGAGCCCCAUUCACCGCUUCUUACCGGAAUUUCAAUGACGACAAAGCUUGUGUUUGGUCCUCUGCUUUUUCUUCAUCUUCUUGCAGCAGCAGCUCAAUCAGUGGGCAAUCAUGGCUGAAUGAGGAGUUGGAUAACGCUAGCCAAGAAAAGUUCAAAUGGGUGAAACAGAAGUAUAUGGCUUAUGAUUAUUGCUCUGAUUCCAAGCGAUUCCCUUCAGGGUUUCCUCCUGAAUUUACAUUUGAAAGCUUUUAAUUAUAUACAAAGGGAGAAAGAGACUAGAAAGAUUAGAUUUUGAUCUUGAGUGGCAGUAUUGAAUUAGGAAUUUAUCAAUCCAUCAACGAGCAAACUCAAUAAUAAGACCAUGUCGACUAAUUACUUUUUUGUGAUUCCACGUGGGACUACGCAUUACUAGCACAAUGCCAAUAAGUCAGCAGCAGCUUCUUUGUUAUCCGCGUUUGAAAGUUCGAUCUAAGACCGUUUCUGAGAGCAAGUAGGGGUGAAAGCACCGGAGACGGCAAAGAGGAUGGCUUUUUUUUUAUUGGCAGUGAGGUUGGAGAUGGAAACGGUCUGGA